CAUCCGAUGUUUUCACAACUCUACGUCAGAGAACCUGAUAAAAUAAGAGAUUUCAUUCCAGAAAGUUACUCUGAAGUGCACCAUCACGUCGGUCCCAACAAUUUUUAGUCGAAUUCUCAGACGCUUUUACGCGGUUAAUACCAAUCCGGGCAAGACAAUGGUUGUUACACACAAUGUUAAGGGCUACGAGGAGUUCUCCAAGAAAAUGGAGGAGCUGGAGAACGGAAACGAGGCGGUCCAUGUCCUGUUCAGUGGCGGAAAAGAUGAAAAUGGCCAGAGCUGGUGUCCCUACUGCGUGAAGGCCGAGCCGGUGAUACACGAUGCGUUGAAGAAGGCCCCCGGCAACUCCCACUUUGUGCAUGUGGAUGUGGGCGAACGCGCCUACUGGAAGGACUUGAACUGCCCUUUCCGCAAGGAUCCCAACACCCAUUUGAUCUUCUUGCCCACUCUGCUGCGCUGGAAGCAGCCACAACGUCUCGAUGGCGAACGCUGCUCCAACCAGGAUCUCGUCGAGAUGAUGUUCGAGGAUGAAGACUAAGUCAAUGCGCUAAGCGGAUAUACCUAUAACAUAUAUUUUGGAACUUUAUUCAAGUCGGAAUACACAGAAGUCUACACACAUUCGAUUAAAGUGUUUCUCAGUAA